AUGAAGAUGAAUGUUGCAGCCAAUUUCAUUGAACGUGUUAUGCGACUCACCACUGACGGCUCCACCGAACAACAGAAACAAAAAAUAUUCCACAUCCUACGCCUAAACAAUUAUCCGUCAUCACUCAUUAACCGCUUGAUCAACCGCAUCCCCAUCAACUGCAUCCACAACACCGCUCAUCAAGCCGCUCAUCCAACCGUCUCACCGAAUGCCAAUGACGAAGUAAAUUCCGAUUAUGCACCGCUCACUCAACAACAAACGUCGAUCCUGCCACCCACAUCUGUUCCACCAAACUCGCCACCCCCUCGCCAAAACUCCACCGCCACCGCCUCACCACCACUACCAUGCUCGUCAACGACAACAUCAGCUCCAAACAUCCUCAUAAACGACAUUCCAGCACAUCACCAAGCGACUAUCACUCCAGUAGCAGAAGAUCAUCAUCAAACCAAUCCGGUCACCUACAGAUCGAUGCCGCACAUCCCCAUGCUCACUAGGACCAUCUCGAACAUCCUAAAAAAAGAUUAUAACAACGUAAAAAUAGCCACACGAAACAUAAAAACGACAAAAACGCUGCUCAAACCAGUCAAGGACCCAAUACCCCCACUAGAUCAAAACAACGUGAUCUACAGCAUUCCAUGCAAUGACUGUAAUAAUGUAUACAUCGGAAUGACCACAAAUCAUCUGAAAAGACGAAUAUGUGGUCACCGAUCAGAUAUAAACAAACUUGUAAACCAGGCAUCGGAUAACACACAAGCAAAAACAGCCCUCACCCAACACAUAACCACCGAACAACACACAUUUAACCUAGAUAACACGAAAAUCGUAGAUCGCACUUUCCGAUCAACUGCCCUCCCCAUGUUAGAAAUGUGCCAUAUCCAAAACACUCCCAACACAGUCAACUACCGCACAGAUGUGGAUGGACUGAACACAACCUAUGCCGGUAUACUCCACACUAUAAAAACAAAUCUUUCUCGUACAAAGCCAAGAAGCAAUAAUGACAGCACUACUACAUACAACUUAGGAUUCGACCAAAACGAACAGUCGACAUAGUCGAAAAGCUUUUAG